AUGAGACUUGAAGCAUUAUCAGUCUCUUUUGUUUCUUUAUUAUUGCUUUCUUUUUCACUUAUCGCCUUGUCUGCUGCCCCUAGUAGAGUUUCCCUCCGAACCCGUGCUCUUCCACACGGAGCGGGUCGUUCUGCUUUAAGAAGUCGUCCGAAGAUCGCUCAAAGGCCUUCUGGAGUCGCCCCGAAAGUUCAACAAUGUUCGGACAGUGAUGGUGCAUGUGCUUCCUGGGUUGCAUCGGAUCGUGGAGCUUGCCAAAGAAAAGAAUAUAUCAAGAAGAACUGUAGAAAAAGUUGUGGAAACUGCCCGAUAUAUGAAGCCAAAUUCGACACGAACCGUCUGAAUCCACAACUUCAGCCCAUCAGAUUGUUGGUAGGAAGAUGGAAAGGAGAACACACUGGAAAGGUUACAUUCCCAACAAUUCCAACAUUUAAAUACAGUGAAGAAGUUGAGAUUUCAAUUCCAGAAGGAAGCAAUAUUCGAUCAUUAAAUUACACCGCUGCCGCCUGGUCAAGUGACAAAGAAGAUCUUCAUCGAGAGUCUGGAUACAUCACAAUCAAACCAAAUACUCGUGAAGUUAUUCUUACAACUGUUAUGUCCAAUGGAUUUAUCACAGUUGAAGAAGGUCCUCUUUCCGGAAAUAGCAUAAAAUUCAUUCUGAAAGAUAUCGGAAGAAUCAGUUUUGUUCGUGAUGAACAUCUUCAUAAUCUAGUACGCGAGUGGACAUUGGAUCAAGGUUAUCUACGUGCUCGUCUCAGUAUCCAAACAUUGUCUCAUCGAAUGCAAGAACACACUUCAAUACUCUACACUAAAACUUCUGUAUAA